UUCACAUUGAUUUUUUUGUGUGUUGUAAAAAAUCGACUUUUCCUGUCAAAUAGAAUUGAAAGCGGCAAUUUUUUUGUUGAAAGAAUUUUAUUUUCUCAUAUUUUCCUACGGAUUUUUGUUAACUAAAGGCUUGUAAAGAAAAGAGCUAUGGAUAAACCUGAUGCAGGACAAAAUAAUCAAAACUCUGUUCCUCCAGCAGAACCGGCACAAACAAAUUUGCAAGCUAAUGUCAAUAAUAACUUGAAUCAAACCGCAAAUGCACUGCAACAAAUUAAAAAACCAAGAAGUGAUUUAAAUUCUUUACCUACGCGACAAUAUCUCGAUCAGACAGUAGCGCCCAUCUUAUUGCACGGCUUGCAAACUUUGGCACGUGAACGGCCACCAGAUCCAAUUAGUUUUUUGGCUUCGUAUCUCCUUAAGAAUAAGAAUCGCUGCGAAGAAGCCAUACCAGAGAAUGUAUAAAGUAGUUGAGAUGAGAGUACAAGAAAGAAUAUGCCCUACGGCAGGGAUUUGCAGAUGAAGUUGGUGUAUUUUUCCUACUCUCUUUUUUUUAUUUUGUAAUAGUUUCUAAGUUAUAUAUUUACAAAAUUCUUAGUUCUGUAAGUUUGAGUUUCAUUUUGUGCAUUCUUUAGCGGAAAACGAACUAAUGGCAUAUGCAAAAGGUAAUGAGGAAACAUUUUGUUGGCUUGUUGGUUGCUACCAAAAAAGUUUUCUAUGGAAUUUUUGGAGUGUUUAUUUUUUAUAAGAUACCUUUUCAUAUGUACUUAAAUGGACUGUAUGUUUUAAUGCAUAUGCAAGUGUGAAAUAAAUAUUUAAAAUACCUAUGUUUAGAUUUGAAAUUGCUGACUAA